UUUUAUAACGUUGUUGACAUUCCGUUGCAAUAGCAUGGGUCCACAUGUGGUAUUUUCAGCAAUGAUUUAGCAUAACUUUUGACGUUUUGUGAUAUAUAUUUCUGAAAUAAUGAGUUAAUGCACUGUGGUAUUGAGUGAUCUAGACAUGGCGAAUCGGCGAAAUCUACAGGAGGUGCCGAUGGGGGAUGACAGCCGCCCAACCCCCACCAGAACCGUUACAUCCCUGACAGUAUCUGCAGCCUGUGGCCUGUUGUUUGGGUUUGCAAUUGAAAAAGGAAAAGUUUAUGAACCUGCUGUAGUAAAAAAUCAGAUGUUACUUUCACAAUUUGUUAUGAUGAAAAUGUUCCUUUCUGGAAUAAUAUCAGGGAUGUUUGUAUUGGCCAUGAUGUCUAUGUUGCCGUUCACCAGACGUCAGUACCUGGGGGCUAAGUCCAUCUUCGUGCGGGGUCUCCGUGAGAAGGGAUUCCUGACCACCCUCUCAGGGGGAGCCUUGUUAGGAUCAGGGAUGGCUAUAGCUGGAAGUUGUCCAGGAGUAAUUCUCGCACAGCUUGGAUCAGGAACACACAAUUCAAUGUACACAUUACUGGGAGCAUUAUUCGGGACCCUGCUCUAUGGGAUCCUAGAACCAGUCGUCACAGACCUGACCAAACCAGCACAAACGAUACGAUUCCAAUUUUUGUACAAUGUGUAUGGAUCUCCCUUCUUUGUGAUGGCCUUGCCGUCUGCUGCAGUUCUUUCCUUAGUUGUGUUCACUUUGGAGUUAGCUUAUCCCUGGGAAGAAGAAAUCAAUAUUACAGACUCUGUCUACCAAUCUAGCAGCUGGAUUACCUCCCCUGCAUGGCCACCAUUUGUAUCUGGAAUUGCUGUUGGCAGUUUGCAAAUACCUGUUGUAUUAGUCAUUGGAGACACCUUAGGAGCCAGCAGUAGCUUCUGUACCAUCACGUCUCAGUUUUUUCUUCACAAGUCCUCUAAGAGAUUAUCACCUUAUCUUCUGAAAUUCCAAUCAGGCAUUGAAAAUUGGUGGCAGGUUGCAUUUGUUUUGAGCUCUAUAUUUGGGGCUUUCUUGUCCUCUAUCCUGUCUGGGACGUACGGUUCUGUGGCAGGCGUCUCCAUUGUUCAGUCAUUUGUUGGAGGAGCUCUGAUACUGUUUGGAGCCCGAAUGGCUGGAGGAUGUACCAGUGGGCAUGGACUCUCUGGAAUAGGUUUAUUAAACCUUCUGUCCAUCAGCACCAUGGCUGCAAUGUUUGUUGGGGGAGUUUUAACAGCCAUGAUCCUGCAGUGGAUCAGUUAGAGAACUGUAUACAUGUAACAGACCAAAGACAAUGUACAUUCACUGCUUAUAUUUUGUAUUUUCACAAUUUAUCAUUUACAUUUUAUUUUACAUACAUUUCUGUUAAAAAGAAUUUGUUAAUAAAAAUUCCAAGCAAAGUUUUGUUUUUACUAAGGAAGAUAAUAAUCUUGCACCAUUUUUAGCAGAUAUGUUUGUGAAAAUGGAAGGGCUUUUGUUUAGAUGAAAAUUCAUUGGAUAUGUUGUGUCAUCAAGGUGACAAUAUUAACAUACUACCCUUUCCUCAACAAUAGAAAAUAAGACACAAAUGUAACACAUCAUAAAUAUUUAUUAUUCUAUCUAUAAUCUAAGAAACUAACAAUUACAUGAAAUUACAACACUAAAGCCUAAAAUACCUUAUAAAGGUUGUCUUACUUCAAUGCAGCUCUUCAGGAGUUAUCAUUAUAAUAACAACACUGAACCCUAAAAUACCUUAAAGGCCAUCUCAGUUUAAUGCAGUUCUUAUGAAGUAGUUUAGUUCUAAUUUUUAAGGUACAUUAUAUUGCUAUGAUUUUAAUUUGAAAUAAGUCGUAUCUUUUCCUCAAAAGUUACAUUUUAAUAGCAAAAAUUCUUACUACCCUACUUGUGUUUUAAAUUUUCUGACAGAAAAUGUACAAUUAUUUUUUAUCUUUUAGAUGUCAACCUAAAAAAUUAUGCACUAAUUAAUUAUUCCUGAAACUGCAUUAAUCAAAUUAAUUCAACGGCUUUUAUAAUAAAUCAAGUAAAAAAAAUAUAAAUCACACCUUCUACCCUUCAAGAUGGUAUGUACAAAAACUUCUUAUUUAUAGAAUGUGGCCUCGUUUGUCUUUUUUAAAUAAUCAUUCAAAUAAUUUAGGAGAGGUUAGGUUAUUUGCUCUUGUAUACAGACAGACAGGUUCCGUUACUGGCAAUUUACAUCAGUGACUCUAAUGAGCUUAGCAAAGAGAACUCUUAUAAUCCGUAAAUUAUUAGAAUCAAAAUCUGUACAUUUUUUUCUUUUAAGGGGAAAAAUUCCCAGUCAUAUAAACUUGAGAAAUCAAGCUGCAUUUUAAGGGAUGUUGCCAAAAACCUGUAAUUUUUCAAUUAAGAACUGUGCUAUACUGAUCAGUAGCAUAAACAGUCAAACUGAAAGUUCUUGAACUGAUUUAAUACACAUGUACAUAUGUAUGAACAUAUUAUUGAAUAAUUUUGUAUGUCUUACAUCAAAAUAUUCAGAAAACCUAAGUGCCAAUAAUUCCGAUACACUUUGUUUCCUUCCAACAACAUAAUUCUAUAAACUUAUUUUAUAAAAUGAGCACUUUAAAAUAUUGAAUAUUCAAAUUCUUUCAUUUACUGGUAUACAACAACAAAAACAGACAAAAUUGUCUUUCAUCUGAUAACAGAAAUAGAAUACAUGUGUAUAACUUAAAAUGUAUAACUUUCAUUAGGGGUUUUUAUCAAAUAAAACCAUUUGUUUUGUAUUUCUAUUUUAGAUUCAAAUUAUUGAUUUGUUCCUUGCUUAAAUGAAAAUGUUAUACAUUGUUUUCAUGUUUUUCAAUUUUGCAGUUUCCAUACAAAUAACAAAUAUAAAGUGCAUGUACUGAUAAAUGGGAAAGAAUUCAUUUAGCUAUAGGGAAAAGCUUGGGAGAAAAAGGACAGUUUUAUCAAUAAUAAAAGUCUUCACAAACUUUUUUAGGUUUUAAAAAUUACAAAUUAGAUCUUUCUGAGCAUUUUAUAUUCUGAAUACACAAUAUUAUCCUGUGUCUUAAUAACACCAUAUUUUAACAUUAUGUACCCCCAUUUUUUUUUCUCAUGUGAAUAACCGCAGAGCUGAUUUUACAUAGAUUAAAAUUAAAAUUUUUCUAAAUGUAUACUAGUAUUAAAGCAUAAAACUGUACAAGUUGCAUGAAAAAAACCCCAAACAAAAUAAAAUCAUGUGAUUUUUUUCAAUGUUAGAAACAUUAUAAGCAGUUUUCAUAUACUCCCAUGGGCAUGCAGUCUACAUUUCUAAUAUGUGUUAGAUCAUGAUAUCAAAACGUUAAAUAAUCAUGUUCGUUAUAAUGAUAAAAGAAACUUGUAGUAUAAUAAAAUAUUUUUAAAGUUCCCUCCUCCCAGCAAAUAUUGUUUUUAAAAAAAAUUCCUAAUUUGCUAAAUCUUAUUCAUCUAAAACAAUAAUUUGUCCAAAAUACAACAGAAACUGUCAACAAAGAUGAAAAAAAUGAAAAGUGACUC